AUGUCCGACCAGGUCCAGGAGAUUCUCGAGGUCCCCUCCGAGUUCACCAGAAGCGGAAUCCAGUUCAUCAAGCGCUGCACCAAGCCCGACAGGACCGAGUUCCUCCGCCUCUGCCAGGCCGUCGGUGUCGGCUUCAUCAUCAUGGGAGCUAUCGGUUUCGUCAUUAUCCACCUUCCCCUGACCCGUGUCCUCGUCGGAAGCGCAUAA